AUGCUCAACAAAAUUCGUCAUCUGAGAGACGAAUAUUUUUCGACACAUAAACGUAAAUGUCGAAAAAAAAUUCAUCGCCCAUUCUCGGACUCUCCGUUGAGAUUGUCUAUCGAAUUCUUGAUCACUUGGAAGUAUCAACCAUCCUUCGAUCACUUCGAAAUAUUUGUACUCGACUCAAUAUCAUUAUCGACACUUAUCAUCGAUACCAGGUCACUUCCAACACCUUUACUUGUUAAUGACAAGAAAAUUCAAUGCUUAUCCAAUGCUUUAGAGAAUAAUACUACAAUAACAAACCUACAACUUCAAGUGACUGAUAUUGAUAAUCGUUGUGCAAGAUAUUUAGCACAUGUCAUACGAAAGAAUCGUACACUAACGCAUGUGAAUCUUAAGUAUAAUAAAAUCGGUCCACAAGGCGUACGAUACUUAGCUCAAGCAUUGUACAUUAAUCAGACACUGACGAGUCUCGAUCUUAGCUCGAAUACAAUUGGUUCUGAAGGAGCUCAAUAUUUAGCUAUUGCUUUACAAUUUAAUCAAACACUUACAGACUUGUCUUUGGAAUCUAGCAGUCUUGACUCCAAUGCAAUGAAGUAUCUCGCAGAAGGAUUACAAAAAAAUAAGAAAUUGAUGAAAUUANAACAAAAUUCAGAAAAGAUGAUAAAUCAACCUGAUGAUUGUUCAAGUUCAAUAGUGAGAGAUGAUAUUAUAAGGAAAAUGUCCAUUUGUUUAUCUUUUUAUGGGAAUUUUGUUCUGAUUCCUGCAGUCGAAAAGACACUGAAGAAAAUCAAUGGUCAAAGAUUUACUUAUUGGUACGAAAUGAUGCAAUUUAUUGAUUCUUAUGAUUCACCAUCUGCAGAUGAACAUCGAAAGAAAUUAAUUGAUGAAUUAAUGGAAAACAUGAAAAAAUUCGUAAAAAACGAAGGAAUAUCGGAUAAAGAUUGGCGCAAAAUGUUAUGUUCAAUACCAGAUGAUGUUAUCGAUAAAUUUGAUUAUCGAUUAAAACAGAAUAUCUUUGAUGAAAUUCAAAAUCUGGUUGAACAAAAUCGAUUACCAUUUGAUUUAAACAAGUCUUUUGGUCGCUUAUUAGACUCCGCGGAAAAACGUGCUGGAAAAUAUAUUCGAAAAUGA